GAAAGGUGUUUAAGGGGACCAAACCCAUGAACAAAUGGGCAUCAUAGGAGCCCAAACUACUUGAAGAAUUAGGCUUAGGUGUUCCAAGAACAGUUGGGUAAGUUUGGAUUGCUUAAUUCGGGGGAAAAAAAAGAAAGAGAGAAGAGAUAGAGAAGAGUUUUAACUGAAGAGGGAACUAAAAACUCUUCAAGGACGAUUGGAUAUCAGCAGAACUCCAUUUAUCCCCACUUCUUUAAACCACCCGGAACCCAUCUUUUUCCGUCACUCUCCGGCGUGAAUAUCAGCAGAAGAAGGCUACUUCCAGUUCGUCUCUGUUUCCAGCUCCUACAUUGGUAAUGAAAUUUAGGCAGUGCGGAGCAAUUUUACUCUCUGAUGAACUGCCUGCCACACGUGCGUGCUUAUGGCUCAGCUUUAUUUAGAAAGGCUGGUAAUUUCAUUGCAACAACUUCUUUGAACCAAUGCCAUGUUCCCUUAUGGAGAAGAAAUUUUGAGCACGCGGGUGUGAAGACUGUGGAUUUAGAGUUCUUGUUGACAAGAUUUCGCACUCAGUGUUACUCUUCCCGGAAAAGUAAAAGUAGUAGUAGCACAAAAAAAGCAUCCAGGACUAAAAAAGUUCAUCCUGAACAACCACCGGUGAUGGAAAACGAGAAAGAUGCAUUCUUUGUAGUGAGAAAGGGAGAUACUGUUGGUGUUUUCAAGAGCUUUGCUGAUUGUCAGGCCCAAGUUGGAUCCUCGAUAUGUGAUCCUCCGGUCAGUGUCUACAAAGGCUACUCUUUGACAAAGGAAACUGAAAUAUAUCUGUCUUCCUGUGGGCUUAAGAAUGCUCUCUACACUAUUAGAGCUGCAGAUGUGAAAGAGGAUCUUUUUGGAGCGCUCAUGCCCUGCCCUUUCCAGGAGCCAGCUUCUUCUAAAGGUGAAACAUCUCAUAAUGAUGCAACCAAAAAGAGACCACAGGAUAUGCUUCAGUCAGAGUAUGGGGGACUGGGAUCACUUGGUUCAAUAGCCGUAGCCGAUCCCGUGAGAAAGCAUUUCAAGUUGGAUCCACAUGCUGAGGCUCAAAUAACAUCCUCUGGUCAUCAAUCUUGUAUUCUUGAGUUUGAUGGUGCAUCAAAAGGAAAUCCUGGGCCUGCUGGUGCAGCAGCUGUAUUGAAAACUGAUUCUGGAAAUGUGAUCUGCAAAUUGCGCGAGGGUUUGGGCAUAGCAACCAAUAAUGCUGCUGAAUAUCGCGCCAUAAUUUUAGGGUUGAAACAAGCUCUUAGAAAAGGUUAUACAAACAUUCGUGUACGAGGUGACUCGAAGCUCGUUUGUAUGCAGCUGCAGGGUUUAUGGAAAGUCAAACAUGAGCACAUGUCUGAGUUGUAUGAGCAAGCAAUGAAACUGAAGGAUAAGUUUCUUUCAUUUCAGAUCAAUCACGUUUUAAGGGAACUGAAUGGCGAGGCCGAUGCUGAGGCCAACUUGGCUGUCAAACUUGCUGAAGGUCAAAUCCAGGAGGAGUGCAAAAUUUUGCAUUUAAACCCCAAAAGAUCAUGUUAUUGUUGGCCUUCAAGCUCAGCUCUGCAAAGGAAUUUCAGUUUUGUUUGUGGCAGAGGCAUGUUAAUGGGGAUUCGGAGCAUAUUAAUAUUUGGUUGGGCCGGAGCUAACGAUGCCCAACCAACAUUUUCAUGGUUCCCAUUAUAUCCGACGGCUAACACCAGCCUACUUUCACAUGCCGACUUGGAAGCCAAGAAAGCAACCAUGUAUCCUGCCCAACUGAAAUACGAGCCAUUCUCAAUUACCGAAAUUAUGGCAAUGUUGAUGAAAAGAUUUGCAAACCUCACCAAAACCACAGCUAAACCCUCCCCUCCUUUCUCUUUAAAACAUUUAUUAUUAUUUUCCCUUCCUUCCCUUUCUUCUGCUUCAGAGAAAAUCCUCGCCGGCACUGCCACUGAUGUCGCCGAUAUUUCUGGAGAAAGCGAUCUGGUGUACUCAGACCCACCUGUAUCAGCCACCAUCAAGCCUCUUUUGCCCGAUCUCCUUCAACCACGUGUCGUCAUCUAUGAUGGGGUCUGCCAUCUUUGCCACCGAGGGGUUAAGUCGGUGAUUAAAGCGGACAAACACAGGAAGAUCAAGUUCUGCUGUGUGCAGUCAAAGGCUGCUGAACCAUACUUGAGAGUUUGCGGUGUUGAUCGAGAGGAUGUUCUUCGUCGUUUUGUGUUCAUUGAAGGCCUUGGUCUUUAUCAUCAAGGUUCCACAGCUGCAUUGAGAGUGCUAUCAUACUUGCCACUUCCCUACUCCGCUUUAAGUGCAUUCUUGAUAAUUCCAACUCCGUUGAGGGAUGCAGUUUAUGAUUUCAUUGCCAAGCGGCGUUAUGACUGGUUUGGGAAGAGUGAAGACUGCCUAGUUUUGCAAGAGAGCGAGCUCUUGGAGCGAUUCAUUGAUAGGGAAGAAAUGAUGGAUCGUAAUCGAUCAAAUUUGUAACUUGGAUUCCCUUAAAUACAAUUAGACAAGUUUAGUUUAUGGCAGAUGUCCAUUGUUAACUGUUUCUUAGGAGGAUGUAAAAUGUAUAGCAGUAAAUGUUUUCCACCUGGUUGCAAUAGAUUGCGAAGCUCUAUUUCUUAUUAAGUAAUCUAAAUACCUCCUGGUUAGUCAUGUAA